AUUAGAAAAUUGUCGACAAUUUCUAUUUUCUCUGCAGUUCUCAGGUGCGCACUCGUUCUCAACUUCCAGUGAUUCUCAUUAUCUGAUUCAACAAUGUGUACGCAUUUUACCUUUUUUUAGUAUAUGUCUCUUUCCGGAUAACGGAUUCCCAAAUUUCAGUUCCGCUCUUGGCAAAUUUCAAAAUUUGAUCUUGAAUUCUCACUGGAAACUUCAUUUCUGGAAAGUUGCACUUAGUUUGGUAUUCGAAUUUCGGUUUAGGUGGAUGCUGUAUGCUUUCUGGAAAUUAAAGCCAUAUCCUUUUAUUUCUGCUUUUACUUUUUUUUUUACCCUUGUGAUAAUAUUGCGACUUUCUUAUUAGAUGAAAGUUUUGCAGCUGUUCGUGAUCCCGCUUGGCCGCUCCUACAUUUUUUUAUUAGCUUAUUUACGGAUGAUACUCCUUUAGAAUUCGUAAGAGAAGCUUUUGUAAAUAUCUGACUGAGAUUGCUGCUCAAGCUCUUGAACAGGACAGAGGUGUGAGUUCUCUUGUCUUCAAGUAAUAUGGUGGGCCAGAACACAUAUGUUCCACCACGUUACAUUCCCCUCGGGCAGUCAGAUGCAGAAGCAGAUGCAGUAGCUCCUCCUACAGAUGUUGAUCCUAGACCACAGCACAACAAUAACGUUCCAGGGCAGUGGUCUUCGGGAAUCUGUGCUUGUUUCGAUGAUAUGCAGAGCUGUUGUGUUGGUCUUCUUUGCCCGUGCUAUCUUUUCGGGAGAAAUGCAGAGUCUUUGGGUUCUGGAACUCUGAUAGGAUCCUGUACGAUGCAUUUUGUAUUAUGGGCUGUUGUGAAUACCAUAUGCUGUGUGAUGACUGAAGGCGUUAUGUUGGGUGCCCCGGGUUGCUUUGUUGCCUGUUAUGCGUGUGGCUACAGGAGGACUUUAAGGGAAAGCUACAAUUUGGAGGAAGCACCAUGUGGAGACUUUGUGACACAUUUCUUCUGUCAUUUAUGUGCCAUGUGUCAAGAAUACAGAGAGAUCCGCGAAAGAUCCCAAGACCUGAACUCCAACACGGUGGAAGUGGCGGCGCCUCCUGUACAAAAAAUGGAACCAGCUUCAGCAAAAUGAGGCCUUCUCCUCCCACAUACACCUUGUAUUGUUUCUAUUCGUUGUAUGAAUGCUUCUGUCUUCUCUUCAUAAUUCUACUUCUAUUUAUGAUAUGUUAAUUUAGAGUUUUCA